AUGAGAUACGGAUCUGUUUGCAGUGGAGCUGCGGCGAUGCCCAUAGAAGAACCGGCGCUGCGCAGCUGGCAGCGCCCGUUCCUUAAAUGGGCUGGCGGCAAAUAUUCGCUGCUGCCGGAACUGGAUCGUUUGAUCCCCGCAGGUAAACGCCUUAUUGAGCCUUUUGUGGGUGGCGGCUCGGUGUUCCUUAACUCAGACAAGCACGAACGCUUCCUUCUGGCUGACGUCAGCGCUGACCUGAUUAACCUGUAUCAGAUGCUGGCGGUGGUCCCCGAUUCGGUGAUCUAUGAGGCAAUGAAGGCAUUCAGGCAUCUUAAUGAUGCCGAAAACUAUACGUUAAUUCGUGAAGCAUUCAACGCGCAGCGGCUGGAUGCGGUCGAGCGUGCAGCAGCAUUCCUUUACCUCAAUCGGCACUGCUUCAACGGCCUGAUUCGUUACAACCUGGACGGUUUUUUUUAA